CUAGGUGUCUUUGACACUAUAUUUUAGUGUAACGCUAAUCUGACCUACAUUUUCCUUCCUUAUAGCUGUAAUCGGCUUUAGGCAAUCCUAAUGCUCCACCACCACGGACAGUAGACUACUGACCAGCAAGGGGCAGCACCAAGACAGGUCUAUUGAAGUUUAUGCGUUCUUGGCACACCCACCCAUCUCGUUGAGGAACCUACGUACUCCUUCCUCUGCUAUCCAGGACGCGGCCUUAGUUUGAAGUUCUCAUUAGUUUUGGCAACAUUCCUAGUGUUACAUCAUUUUUGUCUGUUUUUUUUUCUUGACGUUUCACUGUUGACCAGUCACGUGAACGCCGCUCUCUCAUCUCCGUUUCCACGAAGAGUUGUGUGCUCAUUAUUCUUGGAAACUAUCUGUGAUGGAUCUGCGAACCCAUCUCCAGACCACACUGAAGAACAAAUAUCAGGCACUGAAUGAAGCGUAUUCUGAAAAUCCAUUACUCCAUGCAAGACUUUGCUAUAAGGAUGACUACUCAUUUUCUAAUUUGCAUAAACAUGACUUCUUGUAUGUUGACAAAUCCCACCUUCACACUUGGACUGUUUCUACAACUGUCCCGCUCACAGAUAUUUUAUCAUGUGAGUGCAAACAUAGUAGCAGCAGAAAAACAGUCCUCACAUUGGGAGUGAGUGGAGCUGGAAAAACCACAGUGGUGCAGAGGUGUGCACUCGAAUGGGCUGAGGGGAAAGGAUACCAUGAUAUCUAUCUGCUCCUUCCUCUUGCCGUCUGGGAGUUAAAUUUCCAAAUGUUUGAGUUGAGCCUGAUUGAACUUCUGCUGAUGUUUUACCCUGAGCUGAAGGAACUCAAUGCUUCCAGCCUAAAUAAAAGCAACGUGUGGUUUGUCCUUGAUGGACUGGAUGAGUUUGAUCACUUAAUAAACUUCAGUUGUCCAGCAGUAAGUGAUGUUUCUGAGGCAUCCAGAGUAACUGUUCUUGUGACCAACCUGAUCAGGGGGAAUUUACUUCCUAAUUCUCAUGUAUGGAUAACGACCCGGUAUGCAGCGGCAACUCAAAUCCCUCAGCACUACUUGCUAAAAGUGACUGAGGUCCAGGGGUUCAGUGAUGAACAGAAGGAGCAGCACUUCAGGACAGUUAUUGGUAAUGAUGAGCUGACCCACAGAGCCAUUGACCAUGUGAAAAUGUCAAAGAGUCUGGACUUCCUUUGUCAGAUACCUGUAAUCUGCAUCAUUAUGGCAAAUGCUUUUAAGAAUCUUCUAAAAGCAGAUGAUGGAUUUAAAAUCAGUCCCUUGAAUCUAACCCAGAUUUAUACAAAUGUGGUCAAAGCAUCAAACUCAGCUGUUUUUGCCAAGCUAAAACGGCUGGCACUGCUUCGAAUGGCAGAGAAUAAUCUCAUGUCUGAGGGUGACCUUUUACAGAGUGACAUAAGUAUUGAGGAAGCGUCCUCUUUCUCUAAAGAGUGGCCGUUUGUGUUGAGAGAAGAGAAGGGGCUGUGUAACACCAUAGUGUUUCGCUUUGGUCACUCAAGCAUUCAGGAGUUCUUGGCUGCAUCAGCUAAAUUGGAUGACAUUGAAGAAAAUCCUUUGCCUCUACGGUCUGGUUGUUGUCGGGAGCUGGUGGACAAGGCACUGCGGAAUGCUACAGGAAAAUUUGAUGUCUUCUUACGCUUCAUCUUUGGCCUCAUAAAGGAGCGUGGUACUUUGGAGCCCAAAGAUCGGCUGUUUACGUACACCAAGACGAUGAUCCUGGAGAGAAGCUCUGUGGGCCUAUUCCACUGUCUGAGGGAGUACGACAGCCAGGCUUUACUGAAUGAGGUCAAUGAUUUUCUGAAGUCUGGAGUCUCUCCAUUUUGUCAAACCACACCACAACGCUGGAAGUUAAUGGUCCAAAUUACGAGAGCUCUUGAAGGGAUGCAGGAUAAUUUUGAGAUGCAAGUGUCCAUGAGAUCUGAUGAAAGACUCCUCAGGCAGCUCCCAGCAAUUCUGAAAUCAAGGAAAGCCAUGCUGCGAUUCUCUAACCUGACAGACAAGUGUUGUCCAGCUUUGGCAGCAGUCCUAAGCACCAAAGAAUCUUACCUGAGAAAACUGGACCUGGGAUACAACAGCAUCAGUGAUAAUGGAGUCAGGACACUCGUGGAGGGGUUGACUGAUAAAAACUGCAGACUGAAAGCGCUCAGUUUGCAGGGCUGUGGAGUGACCUCACAAGCUUGUAGACACCUGGCCACAGUCCUGACGCAGGCCCGGAAACUG